AUGUCUGAUAGACCUGGUUCAGCUCCUGCGAUAAAUGCUAGCUCGCAAGAGGAGUUCAAUUUUCAACAUGUUCCAGCGCAAGCUUUGGAUGCUGUAAGAAUGCGUUUAGCUCAACUUACACACUCUCUGGCCAAAUUGAAGGAUGAGAUGGCCAAGGCAGACUUACCGCAAUGGUACUCCUUGCAAAUGCAAGUCAGCGUCAUCCUUACACAAUUACAAUCUCUAACUACCACACUGCAUCAUUUCGAAGAACUUUUAGAUUCGACAAUAGUUUAUCCUGUAGGAACUUUCCCUACAACAGCUCAUGAAGGCCUGUUAACGACUUUACUGAGGAAGAAAAAUAUUCCAGAGGCCGAAUCUUGGAUUCAUGAUGCUAAGGAAACUGCUGGUAUAGACUUGAAUACAAUGUCAUCGGAUGAUGUCAAAAAAUGUCUGAAAGAUGAUGAAGAGGUUACCAAAUGGGCCCUUGGCUUUUUGAAGCAAGAACAUAGCAAUUAUGCUUUCCGUGGAUUGCAUACGAGCCAAGAGAUCUCUGAAAAUCCGACGUUAGGAGCUUACGACGAAUAUCAGCCUUCUGUUAGUAACAACAUUCCUAAGCAACCCUUUGAUGUAGACAGCAUACUGAAAAUAAUACAUCAAGGCGCUUAG